ACGAGAAUAACCUACUUGUAUGCGAUUGGUUGUUAGUUGAGUACUCGCAACCCUAUCAAACCAUUAAGUAGUUUCUGGCGCCUUAAAUAAAGUAGAAUUGAAUAUUUUCUGUUUAUUCUGGGACUGUUGUAGCGAUAAUGCGGACGGAAAACGAGAUGGAGGAAAAUGGUACCAUUGUUCGCUUCUCGAAAAAGUUCGUUAUUCCUUCCAGAUCUUCUACAGAAAACGACACACAACAGACGGAGAUGUUAUUAAGGAUUCAAAUCAAGGCACGAAAGGAAUUAAAACUAAACAACGAUAAAAAAGCUGCCCAGAAUGGAGAAAUGUCUUCCACUAAUUUACCUGUAACAUCAACUGAGAGAGAAUCAACAAAAUUCGAAAAAUCUAAACUUGAAACUGUGAAAAAGUUAACCGAAGAUUUGGAUUGCGAUUUAAAAUUAGCAAAUGGAAAAAAUGUUGACAUUUCCCAGAUUCCGGAUAUAAGCGUUGAUGCCGCCGAGAAUUUAUUCAGGUACAUGGACACCCAAGAACUCCGUAUUCAGUCUGUACCAGUUGCUCUAAAUAUGCUGAAAGUUGCGGAAAAGCUAAUUAUGCAGGACGUGGUCAGAAGAUGUCUGUCGUUCCUUCUACAGAAUAUAGACGAAAACAACGUGUUGUGCAUAUAUCGCCAAUUAAAAUUUUCAAACGAAUCACAUAGUACAGACAAUUUUAAAAACGAACUCAUUAAUAAAUGCUUGAAUAUCAUCGAUAUUCAUGCCGAAAACAUCAUUAAAGGUAAAGACUUUAUCAACUUAGAAGUUGAAGUAAUAAAAGACAUCAUUUGCAGAUCAACUCUACAGAUUCCUUCCAGAGCCGUUAUAAUUGAAGCGUUAAAGUCUUGGGCUAAUCGAGAUUGCAAAUGUUGCUUAUUGUUAAAUCAUUGCUCUUUAUUAGGUGAAAAUGCCAGAUGUUUUCACAGCAUAGUCGUUCGUGAUGCGAUAGAAACUGUAAAUAAUAAUAAUAACAAUUGUUUCGCUCAGAUUGAUCGGAAUUCUCGAGCAAUUACUAGUCGUGGAAAUUUCGGAAGGGUCUCACCAGGCACCAAUCCUGUUAAAAAACUUAAUAAGUCAAAGUUAAAAAGAAAUUUCGGUGAUAUUUUCUGGAAUAUUAUUAAAAUAUUCGAUUAACUUGUUAAUGUUUUAUACUCUGGAAUAUUUAACUGUAUUAACAUUCUCAAUAUGUUCUAUAUUUUGUGAAAUACAAUAUUAUAUAUGUUCUGUAAAUAUUUGAUUUUUUUAUUAUUUUGUGGAAUAAAAAUUUUUUAGGAUUUAUAAAUUAAAACAUUUAUACAAUCCAAAUAAUUUUAAUAAACGGUGUUUUUAAUGUGCUUAUAGUAACGAAUCCAGAAGAACCCAAAGGGGGUUUAAGUCAAAAAUUUAAAUAUUUGAAUUAUUAUAAGUAUCUUUUAUUAACACGUGCACGACGAUUGUAUUGCGGAUGGUCCGAUAAUUUGUCAUCGUAAAUGUUUUUAAAAACAUUGUUUUGAAGUUCGAACAAAUAAAUUUUAACUUUUUGUGUCAACGGGGAGUGUUAAGACCUUGUAAUUCUUUGUUGGAUUCGCCACAGUGUUUUUAUAAGCUAA